CCCGCAUUGCUGAACAAUGCACUCAGUUACUGCAAAUCUAUAACCAGCCCUGCGACUUCAUUAGUUAUGAUAUGCAAGUAGAAGAAAAGUUAGUUCCUAUUAAAAUUCGUUAUAAAAGUGAACACGUAGGCAUAGAUGAGACUCUAAUAAAGAAAUCCAGAGGGUACAACUGCACUUCUCGAAACAUUUGGACCCGUCAAUGUCAAACAGUGAAUAUUGAAAUUGCUUUCGAUGACUUUCAGAUAACAAAUAUUACUUACAAUCCCAAAUUCGAGAGUUUAGAACUUCUCAGUGUCCUUGGUGGCUACAUGGGAAUGUAUCUCGGUGUGUCCAUAGUGGCCGUGUAUGACUUCGCAGAGAUGAUUGCUUCUGCUGUUAACGCUAUACUAAAGAAGCGACGAGUGGAGAAGAAGAGAAAGAAAUUACCUAUAAGCAAAGUAAUUCACUCACGCAUCUCGGAGCUGAAAAUUUAGUUCGUCACAUUUGACUAUCGAGGAGAGUUGGAAGAAUUCAGUCACGCAGUUUACAGAAAAAUCAUUAUAACGAAUAACUUUAAUAUCCCUAAAGAUACAUACUAAACUAAUCUGAUUUCGUAGCAUAGUAAAAUUUCGAUCUAACGUUCCCGAAUGUAUAGUUUGCCUUUACUAAUCCAGAAUGAUGUUCUAUAUAAAUAAUGAAAUUUAUUCUCUCACCCAUGCUUGCUCGAACUGUUUUGCCCCAUUAGUCAUUCGUAAUUCCCUUUUCCUACGCAGCAUUUUCACGUAAGGGUCGUUUGAAUUCAAAGUACGGAUUGAGUUACCUUUUCUGCUUGAGCUAAAAUUCUAGUAACGAGGAAAUGAAGUAACACUUUACACGUGUUUUGAGCUUCGCAUCCGAGUUUUCCAGCUUUUUUUGUUGUAAGUUGCUGUAAGUUGCCCAUAUUCUUGAUAAGCAUACAAUAUUGACUUCCAGAAGAUAAUUCUUCUAGAAGACUCUAGAAGAUUAAUCUUCUGAUCUUGUGAAACAAAACAAAAAUCAGGAGAAAGGUUAUAAGAUCUUUCUCUUGUAUUCCACAUAAACUAAAUUAGAUCCUACAAUGAACGUGGCAAAUUCUCGCACAGGCAUGAGUAAGUUACCAGCACAGAAAAACAGGGAAAAAUAACCCUUUAUUUCAUUCAAAAUGAUUAACAGAAAGGCACGAUCUUUGUGCUUUUUAAUGGCACCGCCAACUUGCAGUGAAACUGAAAAGUAGAAAAUAAAUCAAUUCAAAUCUAAAGUAGAAUAGCGCAAGAUUGACACUUUAAGUUGCUAACUUGCUGUCUAACAGGUUGACUCAACAAAAAACUAACAGGCGGGAUGAUAAUUUGAAGUGGCCAAGAAGCUUACUAGCGUAUAGCAACGAAAAGUGCGCUUACUAGCGGAAACGUGCUCGGAAUAAACUCAGAGAUUCACUCGUUUAAAUACUCACUUAACUUCAGAUUUACAUCCUGGCGAGAAAAUGUGAGGGGAAGUUGAGAAGUUCAGGAAAGGUAUCAAAUUUAUGUUAAAUGCAAAAUAAGGGCAACGCUACAAAGUGUAUAAGACCCUUAUAUUUGAACACAAAGAAGUAACAAUGAUCCAACUUGGGUUUACAUAUGCCAGCACUUCUGACUUAACUUAAAUACGUAAUGUUAAACUAAAUUUUAUGUAAUAGUUUAGCCUAACAGCUCACAGGAUAAAGCAACGCUCAGGAAAGGCUCUGGUUUGUAGAAAACCGGUGAGACAAGACUAAUGGCUAGAAGCACUCAAUACCACAGAAUCAAAACGCCACUACGUCACGGUACAACGUGGCUUGAAGUAGGCAGAACACCUUCUAAAAUUAACUUGUGACACCUUCACUUAAAUAGCACUUCUUUCUCUCUCAGUCUGAAUAAACACUCGCUAUCUUAUUAACAUUCUGGUAUGAAAGUAUGGGUGAAAAGGGAGUGACAGAAAAAUAUUUGAAUUUAAAAUUAACUAUUAGUUCAAAAUAAAUAAAUCAAUUCUCACAAGUUUAUUUCUGUCAAUUUUCAUUAUUUUAUUCUUAUUAGUUUUCAGAGGGUUACAGAUGUGAAUUUAUAAAUAGUAUGGAAGACGAAUAUAAAUGAAUUUAUAAAUAGUAUGAGAAUGAAUAAGAGAUGGGGCUGAAUUUCACAGAGACUUACGAAGCUUUGCAAAACUUGCUGAAGUGAUGGAGAGGCUAAAAACAAUACAUCCUCGAAAAGCCCGAUUUCCAGUUGAGGAAAUAUUAAGCAAAAAACAAAACAGCUGUAAAAAGGCAUGACUUAAAAAAAAUAUAUCUUUAAUAUAAUAUAUUUAUAUUAAAAUUGAAAGUAAGAAAUGUUAUUUACUUACAAUAAGUUUCUCAUUUGCAGUAUGCAGUAUAGCUUCACGCCUAUAGUUGUUUUCCCGAUUCAUGGUUGUUUCUGUAGAGAAAUGCUUUAACUAUAGUGUAAAGCCAGAAAAAUGUUUACUACAGUGUGCUUUAUUCUAUUUCUUUUGAAAAUAUAGUCAUUCUGUUAAAAAAUUCAUUUUUAACAUGUAAAGUUUUCUAUAUGUAGCAUAAUACCAUAAAACUCAUCAAUUCGCAAUUUUUUGAAUUUAUAA